AUACAACGAAAACAACAGAAGCACGUCGGUUUCGUGUCCUGCGACUUGAUGUUCGCAAAAUAUUUUCGAGUAAUUUUGGAGUGUUAAUAAUUAAUUUAAAGCCAUGAAAUUCUCAACAACCAAUGCAAAAUGCGCGUCCUACGUUGGCAAGCACACUUUAUACAUCGGAACGCACACGGGAUCGUUCAAAAAACUGGAGCCCUUCCAAGAUGAUCCGUACCGGCAGAUGAAUCUGCAGCAAAUCUCCGUUCUGAGCAAAUCAUCCAAGGUAACGUGCUUGGCUUAUGGAAAUAACGAUCAGACGGAAAUUCUGCUUGGCAGGGCAAACCACUUUGUGAAAGUUUUUGAUUGCAACAGCCAGGAAAUCAGUUCCAGCUUCGACGUUGGUGGAGAAGUGGUCGGACUAGGCAGAUCCAAUGGCUGUAUCAUUGCUGGAACUGCCAACGGCACGGUCAAAAUAGUCAAGUCGGAUUCCGUAGAAUUUUCCACCGGAGAAAAUCUCUGCAAGCUGCGGAUUUGCCAGGACGACCCUAAUCUAAUGGUAACCGGUGGGAAACACCUCAAACAAAUCCUCAAAGUGUGGGAUUUGGAAACGCAGAAGGUGACCUUUGCCGCGAAAAACGUCAAAAAGGACAUGCUAGAGCUGGAGCAAAUCGUCUGGGAAAACGACGUGCUCUUCCUAGACAAAAACACCGUGGCAUCUUGUUCGCGACGUGGCUACGUGCGCUUAUACGAUUUGCGUGGCCAGCAGCGGCGGCCAGUGCAAGGCUAUGCCCCACCGGAUGGAAAUGAUGAUCAACUUUCUUUCACUUGUUUGACCGGUCAUAAUGGCUAUCUGUACGCUGGGACUACGACUAUCGGUGCCCGUGCAUUCGAUAUCCGUCGGAUGAAGGAUCACGUUCACGUGUACAAAGGUUUCACCGGCACGGUAACCAGUAUUGAUGUGGAUUCUUCAGGGGGGUACAUAGCUACAUCAUGUCUGGAUAGAUACGUUCGCAUCCACAAUACCCAGAAAACCGCCAUGGUCUACCAGUGCUAUGCCAAGUCGAAACCAACGCAGAUUCUGUGCACGGAUUACAAGGAAAAGACCUCGGAAGUGGAUGAGGAUGAUGAUUUGGUACUCGUAGAGGAUGCUAAAGACGAGGAAGUCGAUUCGGAGUAUGAGGAUAUGUUUGCGAAAAUGCAAACUGUGAGCGAAAAGGUCCCAAAAAAACGCAAAAUGAAUAUUCAGGACGAAACGACAAAAAAGAAUGUUAAUAAGAAGAAAAUUAAGAGAAACAAAUAAACUAUUUUGAUUGUUAGAA